CAGUUGCAUGGAACGCUUUCUCGCGCCCUAACAAUAGAGUGGUAAGUACCAUUAUCACCGGUUAAAAUGGGGACAUUUUCUUGUGAAUAAACGUCAAUUCUGACCGGUUACUUUGGAGAGAAUAUUUUUGUCGCAUAUGGGUAAAACUGACGGACAUUUUUGUGUUGCGAAAGCUGUUGUUUGCCUGACCGGACCAGGUUUGAUGCCAAUUUCAACUAAAUCUACCGUGAGACUCCCUUUGGAAAAAGGUGCCUGGAUUCUCCGCCGCCGCCGCCGCCUCUUCCACCAGGAGUACAUUUGAUAUCAGAGACAGUACAAUCAUGGAUCCGACCCGGGGAUUUAAAUUCUUGGACACGGUGGCAUGCUCUGCAGCUCAGUGAGGAUGGGAAGAAAAUAACAGGAUUUUUAACAAACGUAUCAGGUAGUGGUGUCGCAGCUGAAGGAUGCCGCUGGUGAAGCGCACCAUCGAGCCCAGGCACCUGUGCCACACGGUGCUGCCAAGAAACAUCAAGAAUGAGCUCGAGUGUGUGACUAACAUCUCCUUGGCCAACGUCAUACGCCAGCUCGGCAGCCUCAGUAAAUAUGCAGAAGACCUGUUUGGAGAGCUGUUCAACGAAGCACACACUUUCUCUUUCCGGGUCAACUCCCUGCAAGAGCGCGUGGACCUCCUCUCCAUCAGCGUCACACAGCUGGACCCCAAAGAGGAGGAAUUGUCUCUUCAGGACAUCACCAUGAGGAAGGCUUUCAGGAGUUCAACCAUCCAGGACCAGCAGCUGUUUGACCGCAAGUCGCUGCCCGUCCCACUGCAGGAGUCCUACCAGACCUGCGAGGAGCCGCCCCCCCUCAACAUCCUCUCGUCCUACAGGGACGAUGGGAAGGAGGGUCUGAAGUUUUACACCAAUCCGUCCUACUUCUUUGACCUGUGGAGAGAGAAGAUGCUGCAGGACACAGAGGACAAGAGGAAGGAGAAGCGGAAACAGAAGUUGCAGGACCCCCGCAUGUAUGAUCAGGUCUAUAGGUACCUAGACCUUCCAGGGCAGAUGAAGACGCUAGACCGUCCCCACGAGCAAGAGAAGAUCCCGCGGGCGCCACACGACCGUAAGAAGGAGUGGCAGAGACAGGCACUGGGCGCUGAGCUCGCCCAGGACAUACCUGAGGACAAACACAGAGAGGCUAACGGACCUGCAGGUUACCACGACAACAGGGCUCCCAUGUACUUGGAAGAUAUGGAGGGGCCCUUCUCUCUGGCGGCGCUGCCCUACAGCCAGAUGAACGAGCUGCUGAACCGUACCGGGGACAGAAUGUAUUCGCGGCCCCACGACCCUCCACCGCCUCCACCCCUCAUGCACCCACUGGGAGAGAUCAAGCCACCCUCUGUGAUCAGUUCCAGUUCAGGUUUUUCCGACAGCAGACCCCAGUCUCCAGCACGGACAUCAGGCUUCAACUCCAACACUCCCCCUCCACCGCCCCCCCCNCCUCUCCCUCCUCCGCCUCCCCCGUUACCCUCCUCAGGCCUACGGGGCACUCCUCCUCCUCCCAUCCCUCCUCUUCCACUGCAUCAGCAUCCUCCGCCCAUCCCCCCCCCUCCAGCUCCUCUCCAGAUCGCCCCCGGUGUGCUGCACCCGGCCCCGCCGCCCAUCGCCCCGCCCCUCCACUGCUCCCCGGCCCGUCUCCAGCAGGUCCUGGAGAGGGGGCUGCCCUCGGGCUCUGGCACCCAGUCGGACGGCAGCAUCCUGCCUCCCCCCCCGCCGCCUCCCCCUCUGCCCCUCACUGGAGGACGGAGCUCCUCGCCCUGUCUCUCAGGCCCCCCACCCGUGCCGGCCUUCCCCUCAGCAGGAGCCAUGGCCUCUCCGCCCCCCCAGGGCAGCAAGAGGCACCAAGCAGCCAGCCUGCCCCCCAUCAGCGACGCUCGCAGUGUCCUGCUGGAAGCCAUCAGAAAAGGCAUACAGCUUCGGAAAGUGGAGGAGCAGCGAGAGCAAGAGGCUAAGCACGAGCGCGUUGGCAACGACGUGGCAACCAUCCUGUCCCGCCGCAUCGCUGUGGAGUACUCCGACUCCGAGGAUGAGUCCGAGUUUGACGAAGGAGACUGGAUGGAGUGAUGGAGAUCAACAGAUGGAAGGGGGGUUGGAAAAAGCAGAGUUGGAGGCAGAGGAGGAAUGUGUUCAGGUGCACUCCACACCUCGCCAUCACAGUCCUUUCUACUCUGGAAAGAAGCAAAACAUUGUUGUUGCCCACUCUUCCUCUGUCACACUUCAUUCUUUCUCAAAUCUCUGUCUUGUGGUUUGUGUUCGGAGGAGAAUCUUCAUGUCCUGGUCCGUCUCUCUCGUGUUCCAAGAGAAGUUUUUGCAUUUAUUCUUUUCUGCACUACCACAUGACAUUGUUUCUUCUGGAUUUCUUGUGAUGAAGUCCCCCAUGUUUACUAUUGUUACACAUGAAAAUAACUUUCUGAAGAACCACUUGUUUUGUUUCUUAUCUGUACUUCGAUGUAAAAAAAACAACAAGAAAAGGAAAAAAUGAAGGCAUGUUGCAUUCUCCUUAGUUCUGCGGCACCAUUUUGCCACCCGGUGGCACAACAUGGCAUUGAGUGGAUGCUGGUUUAUUUGAUCGUCUUUUAUUUACAUUUUUCUGCUGACACAUUUGCCGUUGUAACGGGACAGUAGUUGCUGAUACUGACCACUACAUGAACUCUGUUUUUUUGUUACUUGUCAUCAGGACUGACUCCACCACUUAGAUCAAGCUAAAGAUUGUGUUGGUAUGUCAUGUGAUGUUUGCUAUAUAGGUGAAAAUGAAGAAGGGGAAGCUUGUGCAUAUCCAUUGACUUACAUCCAACUUUUACCCCAGGGAAAUGUAUGCCAAGAGAUUGAGCUGUUUGUCUGUCAAGGUUCUACAGAGCCCUGUAUGCUCAUGUGGACAUCAAGAGAAACACUGAGCCAUCGGAAUCUGAAUAUCGAGCUCCCAUCAUUUCUUUGCCAUAGAAAUGGACACUACAAGUGGUUAGAUGCUGUACAUGUACGUCAGAUCUCCUGCCUGUUUACUGUUCCUGAUACAUUUUCAGUGUGCAGAGAAAAAAAAGUGUGAAUUUCAAAAAGGAACCCACUCAACAGAGUCUGACCAACACCAGGUAAACCCACUCAACAGAGUCUGACCAACACCAGGUAAACCCACUCAACAGCACUGAAGGCAGCUCUUCCCUCAGAUCCCCUGUUACUGAGUCCCUGCCCAAUAACAAGAAGCCUUACCUCCUUCGGUUCUGCAGCAACAAACACAAUAUUACAUGUUCUACGAGACUGCCCUUUCAGGCAUGAAAGAGAAGGAUACAUUAUGCCUUGUUUUGGCUCAUUUCAAAGAAAAUGUCCGCCAUCCUUUUCUGUUCGUCGUUCGUUCGUUCUUUCUUCUACUUGCCUUAUUGUUCGUACAAAACGUAUCGUUGAGUUGAUGAAUGUAUUGUGCUGUUACUACUUACUUGCCUGCGCUUGUAUGGAUUUGCUGUUUCUAUGUUUGGGGAGGGGGGAUGACGGGGGGGGGUACAGUAACCCUGGUUUAAAAAAGAAAAAGAUUAGAUCAAUACUGUAUACCAUGUAACUUAUGUAACUGUUGACUGUAACAGUUUGCUUGAAUUAAUAAAAAUCUAAUGUUAUGUUUUAGCCCUAAAUGUUAUGGGUCUGUUGUUGUUGUUGUUGUUGAGUUUGUCUCCACAGCCAACAACAGUGCUAUAUGGAACAUCACCAAGACAUAAAGUCAAUUUAAGGCAUUCAUUACUCCUUUCAUUAUAGCCAUUAGCAACAUUUUGUUGAUCUAAUCUAACUACAUGAGAUCACGUUAAUUAAGAAAUUGUCAAAAUCUGUGAUGUGUAAUAAUCAAACAUCUGUUCAGCUAAGAAAAAUGACCAAUCCUAGUUUAGUUUUGGGGUACUAUAAGCAAAAAGAAAUAUGUUCAACUUAAUAUUCCUGAUUGCGGUUAGUUAAUGCAAGCAUAUCAUAAUAAAUGAUGUCUCUUUGAAAUGUGGCAUCAUCUAUCUGUGCAGCUGCCUUAAAACAAUUCAAUAGCUCUGGAUCAGUUAUAAUUAACAUCAAAUCCGAGCAUGAUUUAUUUGCUGGGCAUUUUGUCAUAUAAUUAAUAUUAAAAGAUGAAUCUGCUUUAUAAGGAAGUCCGCCAGGCACUCAAAGUUAGCCAAUGAGAAUUAAGAGGAUCAUUUUAUCCGAAUAAGCAGUUUAGCCUUAUAAUGUCUUGGCCAUGAUCCACGUAACAGAACAGCUCUGGGUCAUUUUAAGCCAGCUAUGAAGAACUGAAAAAUCCCUUACAACCAAAUAAAGCUAACUCCCUUAUCCAUAUUAGAAGGAAUAGUGCCGGGGGUUUAUCCCAAAUGAUCCACAUCUU